AUGAGUUUGAAAAGAACAUCUUUGGUAAUAUACAUUCUCUUCAUCUUUCAUCUUCAUCACACUUUUCUUUCGGUUAGCUCGCUGCCUUCUUCAGUUGAUACGAAACACAACACUCCUCCUCUCACCAAUAUUGCCCCAAAGCCAGAUGUUGUUAGCUUUGAAGGAAAGGCUCGGGAAUUAGCUGUCGUUAUCAAAAGAGGAGGAGGAGGAGGACGAGGGGGCGGCGGAGGUAGAAGCACUGGAGGCGGUCGAAGUCGUUCAAGCGGCCUGGGACGUGUAGUUCCGAGUCAUACUGCUGCCGCUGGUGCUGGUGGAUCACAUAGGUCAAACGGCAGCUUGAAACUCUCGGUCGGUUGGUUGGGCCUAUCGGCUUUAGCCGGUUUACUAUUGGUUUAG